CGCAUGCGCAUUGCGAAACAAAGGUGCAGGGCUCGGAGAGGCACAGUGCGGCAGGAAAACCGCACCAAGAGAUUGAAUAGAGAAGGGAAUGCUAAACAUAUCCAUUAUCCAUACAUGAAUACAUGGACAUGGAAGGGAGAAGUCUUCUGCUUCCAAAGAACAGAAAGAAUGGAUAUAUUUCUGUCUUCACUACAGCUCAAGAGCAGUUUUUCCUCUGAAAUCCAAGGGAACCUUCCCAGCUUGGUCCGACGAAGCUCAUUUCAACUGGUAGACAGCAGAAUGGAUGAAAAGCACCAAGACUAGCGACUCAUUGUGUCAACGAGACUAUAUAAGACGAUAUACCGCAGCCAGCCCAACAUUUUAUGACUGACAGUACCCGUGAAUAGUCUCUGGAAAGACGCCGCAUCUCGUUAUUUUACAACCCUUUAUUGUUUUCCCACGAAAUUCCAGUAGUGGGAUGCUUUCGCGUUGUGUUGCUUCAUAGGGUUCAAGAACACGAUUCAGGGAGAAAUAUGGGUGAAGUUCAGGACGUCAGGGAUGUUAAGAAGACCUUCGUUGCUCCAGCAAUAAAGUCUUUUGAGCACUAUGACUUCCCCCGAGCCAAAAUCUGUUGCAGCCUCACAUGGCUGGUAGCCAAAGCAUACGGGACAGACAGCAUCCCGGCAGAUUUAAAGGAGCCCUUCUACACAGACCAGUAUGAGCAGGAGCACCUGAAGCCUCCUGUGGCCAGCCUCCUGCUGUCUGCAGACCUUUACUGCAGGGCCGGCAGCCUCAUCCUGAAGAGUGACGCCGCUAAGCCCCUGCUGGGCCACGAUGCUGUCAUUCAGGCGCUGGCUCAGCGUGGACUCUACAUCACCGACCAGGAGAGACUGGUCACCGAGAGGGACCUUAGAAAGAGGCCUCUGCAAAUGAGCGCUCACCUGGCAUUGAUCGACACUCUGAUGAUGGCGUACACAGUGGAGACGGUGAGCGUGGAGAAGGUGAUGGCCUGCAUUCGUCAGUAUUCUUCCUGCAACCCUGAGGUGGAAACACCUUAUGACACAGAGGACGCCAUGUCCACCUGGAUCAACAAGGUAAAUGAGUAUCUGAAAGAAACCAUGGCUCAGGAGCAGAGGAAGAGGGAGACACAGAGCGCUGAACCUGCUGGGAGCCCUCGGUCUCCAACCAAGUGGUACAUGAAGCUUGUGCCUGCUCGCUACAGGAAGGAACAGGCCUCAACCCAGCCGGUUCCCUGGAUCCCCCCUGUGGACAACCUGAUAAAAGACAGCACAGACGGCUCAGCCCUGGGUGCUCUGCUGCACUUCUACUGCCCUCAGCUGCUAUCACUGGAGGAUGUUUGUCUGAAGGAGAACAUGACACUGGCCGACCGUCUGUACAACCUGCAGCUCAUACAGGACUUCUGCAAAGACAACCUGAACAGCUGCUGCCACUUCAGCCUGGAGGACAUGCUCUACGCCUCCUCCACCAUCAAGAAUAACUACCUGGUGUUCAUGGCAGAGCUGUUUUGGUGGUUUGAGGUGGUCAAGCCGUCUUUUGUGAAACCAAGAAUGUUGGACAAUGAAGGCACAGAGCCCUCAUCCUUGUUGAAGAAUUUGCCAGCCAUCCCCAUUUCCAAGGUAACCAAGAGGAGCUUCAUGGAAAGACCUCCAAGUCCGGAAAGACCCAGUUUGCCCCUCCGACCCCAGCCUCGAAACUCAGGAGAGAUCAAGAGGUCAACCUCAAUGUCCUUUGUUGAUGGCAACCUCGGCACCUGGCCCAAAGAGAAAAGGUCGGGGCCUUAUGGAGUGUCUUUUGACAUCCCCUUUGACAAAGAGGACUCUGCUUCCACCCCUCUUUCCGCCACCCGUGGCAUGGUCAGGUCCGUCAGCACUGAUGAUGGUUCUGGCUUCAAGGUCCACCACCUCUCCCGUGGAAUGAAGCGUAACCUGUCCUUCCAGCCAGUGAAUGGUCAAAGUGUCGGCAUUGAGGAGGAGGGCUGCCCAGACAGCCUGGCUGGUAUUGAGCCUGACAAGCGAGCACACCCCAACGGACAUGGAAGUGUCAUGGCAAUAACUCCCUCUGUAGAGGAAGCUCUCCAGAUUAUCCACAGUCCAAAUGGGCCCCCAGCAGAGCGGAUCAACAACGGUUUCUUCCUACACAAUCAGGACCAUGGGAUGACAAAUGUUGGUUGUUUGGAGCCGGUGUCAGAGUUGGACUCCAAAGGGCCUUUGAGCACCACUGACACCACCGAGGUGGAUACUGGUAUCCAUAUCCGAACAGAAGACAUGCUGGAUGAAGAUUCCUCUCUGAAAGACUGCUCUGUGAACAUAGACCUGGAUAUGGACACGCCAAGCCCAUGCCCGAGCAGCCAGAGCAAAUCCCCCUCAGGAAUGAAGAUGACAAGCUUUGCCGAACAGAAGAUGAAGAAGCACAUUCCAUCAGCGUCGGACUCAGGGAGGUGCAGCAGCAGCUCCCUUAAGACCACUCCUGAGGGCUCUGAGUUUGGCCUCCCAUUAUCUGUGUCCUGGGCCCCAACCCCUGAGCACAGCCCCAUCCAUCAGCAAACGACACCACCCCUCACUUCUCAAGCAUCGCCCACACCUGUACAACUUCCACCCAAUGACCCUGCUCAGGUCAUGGCUACAGAGAUGGUACAGCUGAGGAUGAGACUGGAGGAGAAACGUAAAGCCAUUGAAGCGCAGAAGAAGAAAGUGGAGGCUGCUUUUACAAGGCAUCGGCAAAAGAUGGGUCAUUCUGCAUUUCUCAAUGUGGUAAAGAGAAAAGGAGAUGGGGCUGCCAGUGGAGAGGAAGGAGGGAAAAUUGAUGGAGAAGGCAAGGCAGCAAGCACAAGUCCAACCUUCAAAUUUGGGAGGAACAAGGCAGACACCCCUGAUGGUGCAGAGCAAAGCAACACAGGCUCCUGUUGGACAAAGUCACCUAGUGCAGCAGAGGAAGGUGGGCAAAGUCAUGCUCAGCUUACUGAGGUAGAUCUCACCGAGUAUACACGUUCUAUUGAGAAACUCAACCAUUCAUUAGCCUUCCUUCAGACUGAGAUGCAGCGACUGGCUCAGCAGCAGGAAGUGAUCAUGGCCAUGAGGGAGCAACAACAUCAGCAGGCGUGGGUAAUCCCUCCUCCACAUACAGACCCAUCACCACAAAAACACAGUCGAGCUGGUGCUGUUACCCGUUCCUCAGGACCCUCUUCCCCUGCCGACUCCCCUCGUUCCACCCACCGUUCUCCAACUAGCAUCAAGCGCAAAUCUGCCUCCUUCCACUCACGUAAUCCUCGCACCACUCGUCCCAGUGAGCUAAAGCUGGCCCCUUACAAUCGAGUCCUAACUGCCCCGCAAUCUGUCGAUAGCAUCCCCAGGCUACGGCGAUUUUCUCCUUGCCAGCCCUUGGCAAGUUCCUUCGUUUAUAUGGGGGAGAAACCAGCAGCCGUCAAUCCAGCAACAGUAGCCUCAGAUGGAGAUAAAAACAAGGAGACGGAGUCGCUCCUUACCCCAGAGAGGGAGCUUGCCAAUAUAUGUGUAGCCAACUCACCCCCCAGCUCCCCCAACCAACAGAACAAAAAAGAACAGACAUUCGAAUGCCAAACACAGGAAACACAGGUGCACAGUCAAUCCAAGUUUGUUGACACGGAAACAGAUGAUCAGAAAGUUCAGAAAUCAGUUGCAGAUCCCAAACCUACCAUAGUGUCAUCAUUUCCUGAGGUUCUGGCCCACCCUGUGGUAGAGACCUUCACGGUGACACCUUCGGAGAUUCUCCCCCAGCCAGAAGCCUCAGGCCAAGUCAAAAGCAACUUGAUUGAGGUCCCUCUGUCAGUCAUCAAGCCACUGGAGGAUCUCACCCUUGAUGAUGAUUUGGAAAUGCAGCAGCGUAACGUGGAAGGCUCUGAUUAUGAACAGAAGAUGUGUCGUGGUUUCUUCUUCAAGUGUGAGGUGACUGACUCUGUUUCCCUCAUGACUCAGGCGGAUGGAAAGGCUGAUGAGGACAUGGCUCAGAAGAGGGCUGCACUGUUGGAGAAAAGGAUGAGGAGGGAGAAAGAGAACCAGCAGAGAAAGAUGCAGCUGGAAGCUGAGUUAGAGCAGAAGAAGGAGGAUGCUCGACUAAAAGCAGAGGAGGAGCGCACCAGGAAGGAGGAAGACAAGGCCAGGAGGGAGUUCAUCAAGCAGGAAUAUCUCAGGAGGAAGCAGCUGAAACUGAUGGAGGACAUGGACACCGUCAUUAAACCUCGACCUGUUGGUGGGGCCAAGCAAAGGAGGGGCCGCCCCAAGUCCAUCCAUCGCGACAGCAUGGACUCUCCCAAAACCCCUGUCAGAGCUGCCACAGGUUCACGCCAACGUGUCUUUUCAGUCUCCAGCUUGUCCCUUGCUUCCCUCAACCUGGGAGACAGCGACAGUGUUCACUCUGAGAAGAGAGCGCCAAGGCCAGAUUCUGCUGAUGGCUUCCUGUCGCCGAGUCGCUCCAGCAGCAGGAAUGGCGAAAAGGACUGGGAAAAUGGGUCCACAACCUCCUCUGUUACAUCUAACACAGAGUACACUGGACCAAAACUAUACAAGGAGCCCAGUGCCAAAUCUAACAAGCACAUCAUCCAGAACGCUCUGGCCCACUGCUGCCUCGCAGGCAAGGUUAAUGAGGGGCAAAAGAACAAGAUCCUGGAGCAAAUGGAGAAAUCAGAGGCCAACAACUUUUUGGUUUUGUUCCGAGAUGCUGGCUGCCAGUUCCGCUCUCUCUACACUUACUGCCCCGAGACGGAGGAGAUCAACAAGCUGACAGGCAUCGGCCCCAAGAGCAUCACGCGCAAGAUGAUCGAUGGCCUGUACAAGUACAACUCAGACAAGAAGCAGUUCAGCCUGAUACCAGCCAAGACCAUGUCUGCCAGUGUGGACGCGGUGACCAUCCAUAGCCACCUCUGGCAAACCAAGAAGCCACCCACCCCUAAAAAAGUAGUGCCUGCCCAGACCUAAUGAAACUUGAUAACGGAAACACCACCAUUCCCCCCCUAAAAUGGAACAUACCCAUUUGAAUUUGCACUUCACUGUACAUAUCCAUGAAGAUUCAAGCACCUGCAAUGCCAGUUAGAUGAAUGCGUAUUUGUUUUUUAUGUUUGUUCGUUUUACCUCUUAUUGCAUUCCUGUCCUUGUUUUUCCUUCUUAAUCUGUUCUGGACAUGAAAGGACUCAAAGAUUAUGAACAACUGGAAUGUAUGUAAUGUAUAGUGCCACUGUUGAAGAAUGAUGUAAAUGCUUAUUACUUUUGUGUUUUGUAGAGAUUUGUCAUGCUUGAGUUGGUUUACAAAGGUGUUGUUUCCUAUGUGCCAAACAUCAAAUAAGAGACAGUAUGAAUGCAAGGACAUUUUAUUGGCUACACUGAAGCUCUGAAUGUUUUUAAUUCAUGUACAGACUGAUUUGUGUUUGCAUCCUGUUGAUGUGUGGCCUUAAGCGAGUUUUAUUUUAUUUUUUGGUGAGUGCAAUGAGAUGAUUGUAAAACAGCGUAUACAGAUGUGGGGAGGGUUUUUUUGUAUUUGGAAGAACACUUUUUUUCUUCAUCUCUGUGAGUUAAACAGUUUGUAUAUUAAGGUACGUAAAACUACAAAGGGCCAAAAAACUAAUUGCAUACAGCUAGUAUUAGCCACACGCUUCAUGUGUGAUCAGCUCAACAAAGCUAAGCGGUUUCAGCUUUUUCAGAAACCUUUUUGAGAAAGUGAUUUUAUGGAAUGCAAGAUGUUAAUCUAGAUCAGUGGUUCUCAAACUUUUUUUACAUCAAGGACCCCUAAACUGAAAACAAGAUUUUGUCCCAGGAUUUUGGCGUUUAGAUGUUUUAUUACAGAAAGUAUAUGAAACCCAUAAUCAAAAUAGUUCUUUCACUGUAUUACUUAUGGAUGGAAUUAUAGUGAAAAUAAAUUAUUCCCCUUUUUGCUGGGGACCCUCUGGAAACCCCUCAAGGACCCAUAGGGGUCCCCGGACCACACAAUGAGAACCACUGCUCUAGGUCACUGGUUCUCAACCCGUGGGUCAGGACACCUGCAGACAAUUUGAACUGUAACGUGUGAUGUGUAAAAAAUAUAUUUCUAAUAUGCUGUCAUGUUUGUAAUUGUUUUUCCUCGUAAUAUACAGAAGUAGUUGCAUAAUUAAGUCAAACUGAUUGGCAGUGAAAAUAAAAAUCAUCCCUUCCAGGUCAAA